UUUCAUCCUUCGCAAUGCAUCCAGAGAUGCACGAACUGCCUCGGCUUCAUUCCUGCCCCAUGUUCAAAGAUGCCCCGUCGUUUAAUUUCCAUCGUACAGAUGUUCAAGCCGUACCCGCGCUGUGAAAGUCGGUGACCAAAGACAUCUACGCCGCAGUGGCCAGGAUUCACCAGGAUCUACGGCAUCCACCACGCUCCACUCUUCAACAUUACGGAGGCUCUGUGUGCCAAGCUGUGGCACGCUGCCUCUGGUGCUGGCAGGCCAGAUCUUCUUUUGCAUGGGUCUCACGCUUCGGAGCCUGGUCGACUCGAUUAAACUGCCGACGGUAGAAGCAAGGAUAUGCGCUGUUCAACCGUUGCAGUGACCGCCAGAACUAGCACUAGCACCGUCUUGAGAUCUCACACAAACGUCCAUGCUCAUUCUGGAACACCCCUUAUGCUUUCAUGCCCAACAUCCUCUUUAGAAAUAUUCCCCGUGGCCCCAUCUUUACAACUGCAUCGCGACGAUCUGCUGGCACUGAGUCCGAAUGUCCAACGAGCCAAGAACUGUGUUCUUCCACCUCCUCGGGGCGUAUCCUUUCGUUUACUGAUAAUCCAUAAUAUUUUCGGAUGGUGCGGAGUGAUGUGGCUACCAUUUUGGGCAGUUUUUCUGUCGAUAACCAUUGCGGGCGCGACUGACACCAAAAUCACCGACAUCACAGAAGUUCUUGACGAACUACCAACUUGUCUGGUACAAUGUUAUUCUUCAGCGGCUGGGGGGGACUCGGUCGAUGGCUCGACUCUUGCGGACUUUUGCAAUGAAGAGGGAUCCUGGGCCAGAUCCCAGGACUGCAUCUUGCAAAACUGCUCUGUACUAGAUCGGUUAUGGGUCAACGAAGUCCAAUACCAGGCCUGCGACAAACCAAUCCAGACACGGGAAAAGCGAUUCUACUAUCUACUUGCGGCCGAGAUUCCAGCCUGGAUCUGCCCUUGGCUUCGACUAUUCUCAAGCUGGAGGUCAUUGGAGGGGGUCCGGGGAGACGACUACGUAAUGUCUGCUUGCUGGGUGUUUUAUACGAUAUAUAUUCUUUGUGUCCACAUAGUGCAUCACAAUGUUUUCGACGUCGACGCGUCGCAGGUGGGCGAACAGGGCGUGAUCAACGGGUUGAAGAUCCUCUUCAUUGUGGACAAGCUCGCAUUGUUUUGCAUCGGUCUCGCCAAGGCCUCCAUCGUUUUCUUCUACUUGAAGACAUUUUCCGGCACCCGAUUUAAGAUUGUCGCCUAUUCCACCCUGGCGCUCAUCCUGGUUCCAACUCUUGUCAUGGUCUUCGUCCUUACCUUUCAGUGCUCGCCAGUCAGUUUCUCGUGGCUUGGAUGGUCGCUCGAAUCUGAUGAUCAACGAUGUCUCGACCUCCACCUACUCUACUAUCUCAAACUGGGUUUCGAUAUCGGUCAGACCGCCAUUGUCUUGGUUCUCCCCCUGCCGCUCCUACGACAACUCAAUAUGCAGAUACAGGUCAAGUUGGGAGCUGGGGUAAUGUUCGCUCUUGGCGUCCUGGCGAUAGCAAUGUCGGGUCUGCGGUUACGAUGUGUAGUCACACAGACGUCCACGGCGGAGCAACCUUGGGAGUACGACGACCGGCUCAUCUGGACUGGCAUCGAGGUCUCUACGUUGAUCAUCCUAGCGUGUGCGCCGGGCAUCUGGAAGCUCCUCGUCCCCGCGGCUCCAACCACCAUCCCGACUUUCACAAGCCGUCGCAGCCUAAGCCGUUCCUCCAACCACAUGGCGCUGCCCCCGAUCAAGACCAAUUCGAAAGGAGGGGCGUCGGUUUUACGAAAGCCUUCCAAAGGACACUACUCUUCGACGAAGGGCAAGACGACGAAAAGAGAGCUGGACCUGGACCUGCAACUUGGCGACAAAGCCCGAGGCGAUGUGUGGACGCAGAUCAAGGCAGGCCACAGGUUCUCUGGGUUCUCCAUGAUUUCGCACGUGGGAGACAGACUUGGUAUCCGAGUCAAGACUACAACGACAACUCGAGUGGAGGUAGAAGACUCGGACGGCGACGAGGGCAGUCUUGUCACGCCAAAACCAGGCCCGCUCAGCCCCUGAUGGCCCUGACGGGUCCCUAUUUGAUUUCCGAUGCGUGGGAGGAUUAGCGCUGGCUUGGUGAAAAGAAAAUCAACUGUUCAACGUAAUUCUCGGUCCUUACCGUAACUGACUAGCUGGUAAUGUUUUCAUUUGUCACGGGGUUGGGGUUGCAAUGCCUGCGGGUAACGGCAAACGGAGCUCAGGAACUGGGAGGGAUGGAUGGCUGGGUUGAGUUGCAAUAUACCCUAAGACGUUCUCUAGUAUUUCAAAUAUGUCGACAGGCCUAUUCGGUCUUCAA